CUCUCGAAUAAAUAUCACUAGCCCCUUGUUAUUUUCCCCCAAAUCUUGAACAACUAAUACAUAUACAUACAUAUAUACAAACUAUACUAGGUUUUUACUUCAAUGGCUUCUUCAAAAACAGCCACCAAAGACAUCAUCACUCUCCGAGGCUCCGCCGCAAUUGUCAGUGAAUUCUUUGGUUAUGCUGCAAACAGUAUUUUGUAUAAUCGCGGUGUUUAUCCGGAAGAAAGUUUCGCAAAGGUGAAGAAAUAUGGACUUCCACUGCUGCUUACUCAAGAUGAGGGUGUUAAGAGCUUCAUUUCGAAUCUCAAUUCUCAGCUUUCUGAAUGGUUAGAAGCGGGGAAGUUGCAAAGGAUAGUUCUUGUGAUAAUGAGCAAAGCUACUAAUGAGGUUUUGGAGAGAUGGAACUUUAGUAUCCAGACUGAUGAGGAGGUUGUCGAAAAAGGUGUGUCAAGGGAGAAGAGUGAUAAAGAAAUCAUGAGAGAAAUUCAAGCAAUCAUGAGGCAGAUUAUAUCUAGUAUCACGUAUCUGCCAUGCCUUGAUGAACCAUGUAUAUUUGAUGUCUUAGCAUAUACUGAUAAAGAAGCUGAAGUGCCCAUUACUUGGAUUGAGAGUGAUGCUAAACUGAUCGAAAAUCCACAAAUGGUGAAACUGCACUCUUUUGAUACCAAGAUACACAAGGUGGACACAUUGGUAUCAUAUAAGAAUGAUGAAUGGGAUGAGGAGUGAAGCUGCAAGCCGUUUUUUCUUGCUUUUUUAGUUUUCUGCUUUUGCUUAUGCUAUUCAUCAUCAUGAUGAUUUGAUGUUUGUGAAUCUGUAAUUCACUACUAUGUUGUAACGUGUAUUAAUGAGAGGUUUGAUGCGAACGCAUGAUGAGUAUGAUAUUUAAACUAGCAUUUACUAGUUAGUUUCUUCUGUACA